AUGGCGGUUCGCCGCUCCGCUCGACUCCGUAGCGUCAGCUCUCAGCCCGAGAACGCGACGAACCUGCUCGCGAUGUUUACCCCUACUGUCCACACCCCAGUGACCAAGAAAACACCACAAAAGACUCCAAUUACCGCCGCCAGGAUGACAGAGGCACGCACUCCUACCACCGGGUCUGCCGCGCGUCCUCCCCGCUCCGAAAUGCACCCCAGCAAAACACAUCAAAGUACCACCAAGCAGCCCGACUCUGGCCUGAUCCUUGGUUUCAACCCUAUCAAGAAAGACGCCAAUGGUAACCCAAUUGGCGCGUUUGAUGGCACUCCUUCGAAGUCUAAGGCUUCCCCGGUUCCCUCACAAUUCGGCACUCCUGGAUAUGAGUUCAAGUUCGGUCAGGACUCGCAACUCAGCGAGGAAGCCAGAAGACUCAUGGAUAGCGUUCGAGGUGAAGUCACACGCAUCAAAUCCCAAAUGAUCUUCGACAAGUCAAAGGCCGGCGAGGAGGGCCAGCAAACUGGACAGAACAUUGGCGACCGGAAGAUCGCCAUGCCCAAGGGUCGGGCAAGCCGCUUCAGCGAUGUGCACAUGGCUGAGUUCAAGAAGAUGGACUCCAUUGCCAACCAUCCUUCUUCUUUCCGGGCGACGCCUGGUCGCUCCCAGCCUGUUACCACUGGUAAGUCUCUGAAACGGACUAAGUCCAAGGCCCAGCUAGACGACCGUGGUUCUUCGACCUCGUCCCUGUCAUGCUCUCCCUCGAAGUCCUCUGCUGUCACAUCCUCGCCUGCUGCUACCACCAAGCGCGCGAAGCAUAAAGCAUCUGAAGAUGCAUCGAUCAGCCGGCUUGACGUCCCGAAGAAUGCUCCUGCUCUGAAAGUUGUUGGGACUCGUCCCCGCUCGAAUAUCCGCAGUUCCCUCAUGACUCCGACCAGAGCAUCUGAGGCGCGCAUCGUGUCGACCAGCAUCAAGGCACCCAAGACGACCUUGAUUCCCUCCUUGGCGCGCUCUCCCUCAACCAAGGCUGUGGCUUCUCCACGAACCCCGCGUACGGAUUUCAAUCCGAGACUCAAAGGCAACUUGCCCAGCUUCAGCAACCUCAAAUCCAUCCUACGCCGGCGACAGCCCUUGUUCUCUCGUGAUCCAAGCAAGAUUGCUUCUGGUACUCAUGUGGCUGCUCCCGACUUCAAUCCCGACGCGCUGUUUGCCAAAGAUGAACUGGACGACUCCGCCCCGACUCCAUCGCCCCAAAAGCACGUUGAGUUCACCCCCAGUGUGAAGUCGCGCUACGAGCUCGUCAAUUCACCCUCGCGUUCCAAGAUCCCCACCACUCCCUCGCGCUCCAACGUGCCAGAUGUCAUUUAUCCCACUCUUCCUACCCUCACUCCGGACCGCAAUACAGUUUCGGCCGGCAAAAGCCCUGCUCCGCCCAAGUCGCCAAGCAUUCGCCACGUUCGCAAGUCAGAUGCGGAUACGAAGAGGCCCGAUUAUCCUGACCUGCCUGUCUUGGCCAACGGCAUUGCCCACGGAAUUGUUAACAAAAAGAGACAUCGUGAUGAGGUUGACGACGAGUCCGGUGCUGAUAGCGAGAAUGUGCCUCCGGUUGAUGCGCACGCCGAUGAGCGUGGCACCAAGCGCUUGAAGGCAAACCCGCCACCCACUCCCAGUCCGAUCAAGAACCGCCCUAUCAAGACUCCUAGUCGCUCCAUCUCCGGGCGUCUGGGUACUCCUACCAGUACUACUGCUAGUGCGAAACAAAAGUCUCGUCGGGUCCUUAGCCUGAGUCGUUUGAACAUGCUCUCCAAGCCCAAGAGCCGCACUGGUGCUUGA